CAUCUGCCAACGUUUCUUUGCCGCACGUAAAACAGUCGUUGCUGGGCAACAUGCCGCAGAAGAGUUUCUUUGCGCAGCACCAACUCUCACGAACACCAACGAGCAGGGUGAAUCCACUCACACAGACGAGGAGACAGAGCCAAGUCAUGAGUGCAGAAGACCCAAACCCAGCCGCCACACCCACCCCCUGUGAUGACACCCAGGGAGAUGGACGAUGGAUGUCUCUGCACAACCGCUUUGUGGCCGAUAGCAAAGACAAAGAACCUGAUGUUCUGUUUGUAGGAGACUCUAUUAUUCAGCUCAUGCACCAGUUUGGGGUAUGGCGACAGCUGUUCUCUCCUCUCCAUGCUCUCAAUUUUGGGGUGGGUGGUGAUGCAACACAACAUGUGCUGUGGAGACUGAGCAACGGUGAACUGGAUAACAUCAGCCCAAAGGUUGUAGUGCUGUGUGUAGGCACUAACAAUCACGGACACACUGCUGAACAAAUCUGUGGAGGGAUCAUGGCCAUUGUCCAAGUCAUCAAGAACAAGCUCCCCCAUGCCCGGACACUAGUACUUGGUCUACUGCCCAGGGGUAAAAUGCCAAACCCUCUGCGGGAGCGAAAUGAAAAGGUGAACAAGCUGGUCCAGGAGGCCUUAUCAUCCCUCCCCCAUGCUUCUUUCCUCAAUGUGGACCCAGGCUUCGUCCACUCUAAUGGUAGCAUCUCCCAUCAGGACAUGUACGAUUACCUUCACCUGACCCCUCAGGGCUACCAGGCUGUGUGUGAACCCUUGCAUGCCCAUCUCACGUCCAUGCUAGAUAAGCCUGCUGAGAACUAAACAACCAGGGCACAAACUUACACUAUCACAGUGGUCCUCAUGCCUAUUUCCAGAGAGCACCGCAGCUCAUCAUAACACCUUAAAUGAUGGAUAGAAUCGGUUAUUAAGGGCUGUGAGCUGCACACAUUAUUUAUGUUCUCUUCGGGAUCCAGGUUGGUGACCACUGUAACAGAUAAUGGGACCAACAAUUCUUUUGUGUUUAUACAGUCAGAAAUUGCAUGUGCUGUGCUGUAGAGAGGCAAAGUCUUGCCUCAAUGCCCAGUAACCUUCUGUUCCACAAGUGUUUUUUCCAUGGGAGGAUUAUUUCAUUUCUGUGAUACAUGAUACUGAUAAUAAUUCUCAUAAGAGGAACGCCCCGUCUGUCAUACAUGAGGGAUCAACCAGUGACUCAGCAUUCGGGAGAAUGAAAUGAUGUCUGAGGGGAUGACACUGCAAGACACAGUUAUACAAUUAUAAACCCGGUGGUUAUGAAUAAAGCUUUUAAAAAGAUGGAGCAGCUUUUUACUUCUUCAAAGAUAUGCUGUAGGUCAAAACAUUAGCUGCCUCACUUUAUUUAUACGAUUACUAUCCAGGUGUCAACCAAAGGCCAAUUAACAUUAGAAUAUGUACAUCAGCUUUUCAGAAGACACCUUCUAUAACCAAAUACGUUUUCUGCCUGAGGUUACUACAGUAAGAAACUGGAAAAAAAUAUUGCGAGGCUUUGUUUCUUAGGUGCCGGGACAUGUCUGGGAAGAAAUAUGAGACACAAGAACUCCCCUUACCAGAAAUCUUUUUUGUCGUUUUGUUUUUUUAGUUUCACUAAGUUCCAUGAAAUACAUUCGUUUGGCUAUAGCUUUAUUUACUCCUUUAUUGAUUCCUGAUGUCUUUUGUAUGUGUUGAUAUGAAUGACCAAAUGUUUUGACUGUCUGUUUGCUUUUUAGCAUCUCUCAUUGUUGUCCGUGCAGCUUUUUGCUUCAGUUUGACAUGACUUCCCAAGUUGUGUAUACAUAUAUGUAAACUAUCUUCAUAUACAAUGAGACCGUCUUAAAAGGCUUUACUUCACACUAAAAUGCUUGUGAGCCUGUCUGAUAAGAAUUGUGCUGCAGAACUUGAAUUAUGAUUCAGAAUGGCUCAUUGUGUAAGUGAUGAAAGAAUGCAUUAAAUAU